AUGGCCAACAACAACAACACUACUUUUACCAUUACAAAUCCCAGUGAAAUCUUCGAUUCGUUAUCCUUGGAGCGAUUACAGCAACAGUGUCCUCCGGCUAUAAAGUCCUGCUCGAAACAACAGCCAAAUAUCAGCGUCAGCUUUGGCCGAUUGUCUCCGAGUAAGUGCUGGCUUUUGGGCAUCCUGCUGGUACUCACCAUUGCCAGUAGCUGGCCAACGGAAACGUCUGCCGCUCCACGCAAAGCUCGAGGAAUACACCUGAUCUAUCCGCGACGUAGCCAAAACCAAAAUCAAAAUCAAAUUCAAAAUCAUAACCAUCAUCAUCACCAGCAUCAGAGAUCGAUAAAGGCCAAUAUCGUGCCAUUGCUAACAAAUCAAUCGAAGGAUCAGAAAAGCUGUUCAGCAAUCGAAAUGACGGCCAAUGCCACAGCUCUUCAGGUGGCUCACGAGGUGGCCUAUAAUACACGUGAAGCUGUCCUUUGCCUGACCAAAGAAUGGCUGAAGAACGUAAAGAAAACCACACUGAGUGGUAUCAUUAAGGCAUAUUCCUUGCACACCAUGGCCGUCAAGCAUCCGUUGCAAUCGGAAGUGGAAAAGGUUGUGUUCGAUGAAUCAACGGAAACUUUUGUCUAUGAUGGCCCCGUUGGCAGUAUCGAGGAUGAGGUGCCCAAGAUUAUUGAUAGCGUUCUGGUUUUGGAGGCCCUCUUCGAGAAGAUUAACUUCCAGGAUAUGGCAUUGAAAUGCUAUUUCGGUGUCUUCACGCAAUUCUUUCAUCACAAUAUCCAUGAAGCUCUAAGUGUGGCCGACAUGAAGAUUCCCUGCAAUCCAGGACAGUCCGAGUACAAUGAAAAUUACAUAAUGCCAGAGUUUGGUGCUGCCAUGGAAACCAUUAAGGUAUUCACCAUUCUCGAGCACAAGUACAACCAACUGCUGAACCGAUCGCUGCAAGAGUAAGAGUUAGUCAGUCAGUCAGUCAGUCAGCUGGUCGAAAGGAUAGUCCGAUGUUCCAGUUGCAACAUAGCCAUACCAAAAAUGAAAACGCCUCCGAUGAUGAUGAUGUAAAUGAUGAUGAUGAUGAUGAUACGCACUGUAAUCUCAAGCUGCUAUGUAUGAGGCUAACACCUCGUAUUCGUAUAUCCAAACUCCUAAUUGGAUCUGCCUUAGACCCUAUUAUUUAUUAUAACUUAUUGCCCCUUAAAAAAACACACACACACACCACCACCACCCAACCCCCAUUCGUAUUUAUAUAUCGCUUUCGCAUCCUAUUUAUAUACAUAUCACCAUACUCCCACACACACACACAUUCACCGCCUCGCAGGCUCGAUAACUUAUGAAAACUAUUACUUAAGUGUAUUUUUUUUUAAUAUAUAUACUAUUAUAUUAUGAUUAUUAAUAAAUUAUAAACUGAAUAUGCGCAUUAACUGAAAGG